CCCAGAGCUGGAGAAACAGCAACAAGUUUUGCAUUUCAGCAAUCAAUUCCAGCCAUUAGCGCUGCACCAAUGGCGGGACGCGUGCUCCGGCCGGGGCGGGGCUCCUUGUUAAGGUGGCGCCUUCCCCGCGCCCCUGGCAGCCGGGCUCUGCUGCGCUCGGUGCCCGUCACCUUCCUACCCGGCCCCGUCCGGCAUUUUAACCCCCUCCCCUCCAGCCCUGUUGCAAACAAGGCGAUCAACAAAUGUCGGCCUGAAAGCGGGUCCUUUGUUAGCGCCUGCAGCUCGCUGCGGCUCCGCGCGGAGGAGCGGAGCGGAGCGGACGGGACCGGCGGCCCGAGGGGAGCGCAGGGCUCUCCGCUGGGCGCAGGCGGGCGGUGCGCGCUCUGGCGCCGAUUCCCGUGUGAACAGUGCGCGGCCGGACCCCAGGCGGGCGGUCAAAGCACACCCCGGCUGGCAGGAGGUGUUGGUGUUAAAGACUUUUUGACACCCCAGCUGAAGUGCACCGUCUCGGCAGCGGGUUGCCGUGGUCGUGCGCUGGCUCCUCGCGGCGGUGCAGGGAUGUACGUGACAUGUUCACACAGAGCUCACACACGUUUGCCUUUGCUCCGUGAGGCGCGGGGCGAGCGCUGCCUGCCCGGGCUAUCGCCUUUCGGGCCGCGGGGAGUGGUUCUGUGGAGGACUUGAACCGAACAGGCAAGCCUACAGCCGGGAUGGUAGGAGCUAUCCAGUUCUCCCCAUCACACUCUGCUCCUUAAAGUGGGAUUAAACUGAAUCCAAAGGUUUAAAAAUAUUGGGAGAAACUCCUCCCGCAUUUGUGGGUACGCACUGGGCAACGGGAGAACGUCAGGCGCCAGCAUUUCCAAAGGAAAAUACUGCUACUUUUUAAAAAUCCUUGGAUUUAGAAAUAAACUACAACUAUAAGGCAAUUCAGGUGUUCGCAUUUUCUAGAUGUCAAUAGAUUUAAAAAAAUAAAAAUGAAAAUUACUCCCACCAAAAAAAUGAGAUCUAUAAAUAAGCGGCCAAGA